AUGGAUAAAUCUCAAGAAAAAUAAUACAACAGCAGGAAGAAGAAAAGAUGCCAAAAUAGAUUUAAGAUUAGUGUCCAUAAAUUCAAAAAACAACUUAGGAAAUAACUUCAAGCUUAUCUUCAAUUUCUUCAAAGCCCAUCCUAGGAUACCGAACAAAUAGCUAAAGAAAUGAUAGUAAUGAAGUUAAGCAAGAAGAUUUUAAAGAUAGAUAACGCAAUUUUAAUAAGACAAGAAUGUAAGAAGAAUUUAAUCAGUAAUUUGGUGCAAGUACAAAAGAUAAAAGAUAAUAAGCAUGAUGACUAAAUGAUCAUUGAAAACUUUACACCAGUGUACUUUAAUCCUCUCUAAAUAGUAGACCCUCAAAAUGAUAAUUCUAAUUAAAUUUUGUCCUAAUCAUAGGUAGGAUGCCUCUCAGAGGAAGAAGCUAGACAUGGUCUAUUUUAUUUUGAAGAUUCCCAUACACUUAAACUAAUUCACCUAGAAAAAGAUAAGCCUAAAACCAUAAAUUAAAAAAAGGAAACCUUUUUCCAUGAAGGCUCUGAUUAAAUUAAGAAAACAAGAGAGGCGUUCGCUUUUAUUAACAUUGAGAUCAUGAAUGAAUAAGGAUAAUUGGAGCUAAGACAUCUAGUAAUGGGUCUAAGAAAAGGUUGUAAGUAAAUUUUUGAAUUCGAUAGAAAGAAAAACACUGAACAUAUUUUGUUUGAAGCCAAUAAAAAUAUAAGUUUAUCUUAGAAUUCAGCUAUUCUGGUUUACAAGAAUUAAAUCAUCAUCACAGGAGGUGAAAAAAUCAAUAAUAAGAAUAAUGAUUUAAAAGCCUCCAAUUAAACUUUGAGAUUUUAUAUAUCGAUUAAUAAAGAUACUUAGAGAAUUGAAUUAUAACAUGAUCCUGGAUUUCCUUAACUUAAAAAAGCUCGAGCAAAGCAUAGUACUUUUUUAGUCAAUGAUCACUUAUUUGUGAUGUUUGGAAACUUGAAUGGAUAUGAGUUCUAUGAUCUUAAAAGAGGUGGAGAGGAGUUUACAUUUGUGAAAUUUAUUGAAAACUAUCAUUUCAUUAAGCCUUUGAUAAUUCCCUCUUAUCAACACAAGGAAUAGGAAGAGACAAAGAUGCUCAUAUUAGGGGAAAAGCCAUUUUUAAGAACUAGAUCAAGAAAUCUAUAAUUCUAUGAAAUGAUUAUCAAAUUAUAAGAUAAUUAAGGAAAUUUAACUCCAUCAAUAGUUAUAGAAGAACGAUUUUAAGGUCCAGAGAUCGAAUGUAAUUUCUCUCAAAAUUACCCAACUAAAAAAUACUAUCCAAAUACAAAUGAAUGGUACAUAAUUAAUGAGAAAGGAGAGUAUUUCAUUUUGGAUCUUAGAAAUAAUUUAGUCAGGAAUUGA